CAGCUUGUCACAUGGUACAAGGCUGCUGUGAAUAGCCUUGUACCAUGUGACCUCUGUGAUCAUUCACAGAUUUCACACGUAAUAAGCAAUGAUGUCAGAAAUGACAUCUUGCUUACUACUCUGUAUGUGAUCACUGAUUGGCCAAUCAGUGAUCACAUACAGAGUAGUAAGCAAGAUGUCACUUCUGACAUCAUUGCUUAUUACGUGUGAAAUCUGUGAAUGAUCACAGAGGUCACAUGGUACAAGGCUAUUCACAGCAGCCUUGUACCAUGUGACAAGCUGUGACCAAUCACAGCUCACACAGUAGUUCUCAAUGGUUGCAAGGAAUGCAGCCAGGGAGAAGGAGAAAUGUUUGCUUUUACAGCCUUUAUGGGUGUAAAAGCAAUCAUUGUAAAAAAA